AUGCUCUCAACUUGGGUUACAGACUGUCAGUUGAAUCUCCAGAUUUUCCAGACUGUCCAGAGACUAGAAGAAAGCUCACCUUACCCGCCCCAUCUCCACAGUCUAAGCCUCAGCCUCAUGUUGAAGAAAGGGCUUAUCAGGCCAAAGUUUAACCCCCUUGUCAGGUAUCUUCGCCCAUGCUUCUCGAGAUUACAUCAGCAGUAUUACUUUCGAGAUUCUUACCCACACUACCUGCAGCUCCCUGUCACCACCCGUGAUUCCCUUUUGGGACUCGCGUUCUUCAUUGCACUGUUGAUACUGUCUGUGAAGAGCUUGGGUCAGCUUUCGCGUUUGGUAUGCUUAAUGGCGUGUGUCUCUAGUUGCAAACAAGUAGCCAUCAUACACAUUCAUCGCAUAAAAGACAAUCUUGGAUCGGCGUCGCCGUUCAACGCCGCAUCAUCGAAUUUUACACCCUCCUUCCAUGCUCCCUCUUUUGGCGCGAUCCUAACCCCAGGUACCGGCUUCUUCCCGUCACGCCUCAACGGCCCUUUACCCUGCUGGGCUCUGUCCAUCAUUCAGUAUGGUUGGCCCGAGGAAAGACACGACUGUUGGUCCCAGCUCGAGGUGCUCUCGGGCCACAUGCCACUUGGAAAAUUAAACUCGUCUUCGUCUCUCAGUCGUGUUAACAUCAUCAUCACUCAACCUCAAAAUACCAUCAGAAUAGGGGGCGCGUGCCCAUGCAGUCUGGUCUGCCCGAGUCUGACCUCGUAUGAGGGACGACCAACAGGGCUGUCUAAUUUCCCGCCUGUCCGUUUGUCCGUUCGCCAGCUCAUCGUCUGA